AUGGCGGUUUAUGUGGAGUUUGAGGCUGUGGGAAGGAAGAAAAGGGGAAAAGGGGUUGUGGAUAUGAUCAGGGGUAGUGGCAAGUGUGAGAUAGAGAAGCAAGGAGAUGAACAAAUAGUGAGUGAGAAAGAAUUACCUGGGGGUGUCACUGGCGUGGCAGUUGCUGGCGGUCAUCAGCGACAGUGGCGAUCACUAAUUUCAUUAUCGUGGUUGUCGCUAGGGGUGGUUGAUGGUUUUAUGGCAGUUGGUGGGGUUUCUGAUUCGUUGGGGGGCUGGGCUAGGCGCUACAAUGAGGGAGGGAGAGAUUGGGAGCCAUGA